AUUAUAUUUAUAUUUGUGCUGGCUGACUAUAUGGAUAAGUUCUGCUUUGAGCAUUUUGUCAUUCAAACUAAUGUCUUUUGAUAAGAGACAUUGAUUUUUUCUAGUGUUCUAGUGUGGUAUGCAACAUUAUUAACGAUAUUGUCGUCAAGCUUUGGGAGUGUUUCUUCAAACCAUCGUCCAAAUGAACUCCCGUUCAUUUCUUCAUGGUAGUCCGUCGUUUUCUUUGACUCAAAUGCACAUAGAGCAGUCGGCACAAAACCAUCUUUACUGCCAAUGUGACAGAUAACAAAUCAUUUUCAUUUUCCUGGAAAUAAUUAUUUCAUAUAGUAUUCAAGAAAACUAAUAAUACAAGCAGAGUAUCUAACAGGUGGUGGAUCCUAGCUAAGUUUAGUGUAGCUAAGUUUUCAGCGUGCGCUCAUAGAUCAGUUAGAUUUAAUUGUAGAGUCAGCCCAUACUUUAGGUUUUGUAUGACCUGCAUUUAUCCAGUAAUAAAUCUUCCUUCCUGAUUUUAAAUAAUUUCUUCUCCAUAAAAUAUUCUCUUGACUGUUGAUCAAAAUACUAUUUCUGCCUCGUCUUCAAUACUCAAAAUGAAGUUCUUCGAGUAAACUAUAGAAUGUAGUGCUUUUGAAAGUAGGUAAGUCUUCAUCUCUAUUAACCUCUGUAAUACUUCGUCUAUGGUGGGAAGUGCCUGCCUUUCAAGAAAUUGAUGGACUCUGCGUCUGAAGGAAUUCCGAUCAAACUUAUCAAUUGUAUCUAACAGCUUCGUGUAAUGCACACAUCACUGAAGAGGAAGCAUGGCUGAAGGAAGCAUUGGUAGAAAUAUUUUGUUUUAUCUGCUCUAUCCGUAGACGAGAUGCUAACGUAUAAGCACACCCUAUGUAUGCACCGAAUAUGAACUGAAAAAAAUGAUGUUUUCAUAUUGGGCCUUCAUAAUCACAGUGUAACACUUGUGUAUUCCAUUAUAUAUCAGCAACUAAAUAUUACUUCAUUAGUUAAGAAACGUAUUUAAAGAAGAUUUAGAUAAUUUGUACCUUCAACGAUCAUGAAAGGCGCAUUUUCAGCACAUCGAAGCGUUUCUACAUGACACUUCAGCCCUAAGCUGAUCUUACUUAUAUGAGAGAUGGGUGCAGCGGUUUAGAUAUAACGGAUACAAAUUCUGUUUAGCAGCCUUCUGCCAGUUUCUUAAAGUGGCACUGCUUCAAUAUUUUCGUUAUUAUCCUAAAUAAAAAUAAGGCAGAAAGAAAAUGUCAUCACUGUGUUGUUUUCGAUUCGAUAAGGAAAGAACAGCAACAGAAAAUGUUUUUAGACAUUCGAUGUUAUAUACAUGAUCAACAUUGGAAAUGGGAACGGUUUACCCCAGUCCAUGAAAACCGAUGAGAUUAAAUAACUAUCUGAUAAUUUUGGGGCAAAUACGGUUUUUCCAAAUGAAUGUAACUUGUCUCCUCUAAUGGCAUCUAAUACCUACAUUUUUGAAAUUAGAAAAAGCUAUUCACAUGUACAAAAAUUCAAUACAGUGUUAACAAAUAAAGUUUAUGAUCGAGAACAAGAAACUAAAAGUCUAAUUGAAAUUCUAACCUGGCAAUGUUGAUGUUCAAUUUCUUCUGAAAUCACUCCUCAAAUAAAGAUGGGAAAAAAGACUUUUUGAUUCCAAUUUUUUUUCAUUUAUUUACGGAAAUACUUUGUGAAACUUGUGUCAUUUUCUCAGCUUCCUUGAUGCAGAACUUUGCCUCAUUUAACUGACUUCGUAUCUCUUACAGUUUCUAAGAUUCCGAUGGUGAGAAUUUGAAACACCGGACAUACUCUUAAACUAUUGAGCAAUAUUCGACUACUAACACCAUGAGAUCUGGGAUGUCUAAAGACUUCAAGUGCUUGUCGACACCUCGUAACAGACGUUCUGCGGCACCGAAUGCAUUUAGACUAGCUCAGCUACGCGCUGCCAGAAUACAUCCAAUCAUCGCUGACCAGACAUGGGCGGAAGUAUUCUGGCAGCCCGUAGCUGAGUGAAUUUGAGUGCACUCGGUGGUACAGACCGUUUGCUAAACAAAGGUGUCCGCAAAAGUACCGACCAUUAAGCCCCGGAGCACGAGGUUUCCGGCUACUACAACAAUAAGGUUACAAGGUGGCGAGACAAAAUACCUCCUUUAUCAAAAUAAUGAUUGCCUCAAAACAUAAAUAAUAGUACCUUGAACAAUUGGACAUUCAAAAAUCCAAUAAAACUUUUAAUUUAUGAGUUCAUUCAAAUUCGACAGAAUUAUGGUUCAGCCAAUUCUAUUUACAGCGCUGUCUCAUGUACGACAUCUCGUACAUAAACCAAUUACAAUAUUAUAGGGUACACUAAUGACAUAUAAGGUAUAUUUAUUACCCGCAAUGGAGUUUUUUUAUUCUCAAAACAUUAAAAUAGGUACUGGUUGAAUGAAACAGUCGCAAAAUUGAUUUAGGCGGUCGGUACUGAACAACGGUUUGGUGGGAGAUAUGUUGAACCAAGUAUUACUCUUCCUAGGAGUAUGUUUAACGGGAACCCUUGUCCAUGCAUAUGACGAGGAAAUGCAGGCGCUCAUGGAUAAUUUGCACAACGAAUGUGUUGGACAGACAGGAGUGGACGAAAGUUUGAUAAUAAAUGCACGGAAAGGCGAUUUUUCUGAGGACCAGAAGUUAAAGUGUUACAUGAGAUGUAUUUUUGCUGAGAUAGGAACUGUAAGUAAAUUUUAUUUAAAGCAAAAUAUUAUAGACGGAAUAAGAUGGUAACAUUUAUGUAGUCAAAAAAGCCACGUAUUCUUUCUGGGCGAUUAUUCUAAUCAGUUUAAUCCUUAGUUAAAAAUCACUAGCGCAUUGCAGGCAGCAGUGGUGGCCGCAGUAGUAGACUCUUCGGUCUCCAGAUCAGUCGCCGUGCGCUGUGCGGGUCCGAAUCCCGUCCCAAGAGAAAUUUUUCUCUUGGCUCUGGAUGUUGUGACUGUCGAAUGUGGAGGUACCACCCGGCGGAUCUCGCAGGCGGGGCCAGAAUGUGAGCAUGUUGCAUGCACACGUGUUCCCUCGCCAGAGUCCGUGUGGCGUUCUUCCUUUCCCCUGUAUCCCCCUAUAGCCCCACGGAACGCCAAUUGGUGUUUAGGCCUUAGGCCUUCGUGGUGGUUGGAGUUUAAAAAAAACUUUUAUGAGAACUCCAAGAACGAAAAUUUUCGAAAAUGAGAUAUUGUGUUUUUUUGAUGUAGUAUGACAUGAUCGUCAAGAAAAACAAUGUCACUCAGUUCCGUCGGUCUGUCUGUCAAACUGUUUGUCUGCUAAUCCUUGGCCCGUCUAUAACUUUGGAAGUACCGCUCAGAUUUUGAUGAAAUGUUCACACAAGGUUGCUACUAUGCCGAAGACAAUACAGCUUUGUUUGUUUUGAUUUUUCUGUUAUACAUGUUCGUAACUGAUUAUUUUCUCAGAGGAUUCAAAUUGCGCUGAAUUUAACCAUUUAUGAACUGAUGGCAUUGCUUAGGAUGUGCAGAGUCAACCUACUUGAAAUAUUUUGAGCUAAAAUUAUAUCGAAAAAUAUCGUGUUGUUUUGAUAUAUUUGUUUAUUGUAUGUAUUUUUGAUAACAAUCAUAUACUGUAAAUAUUUUGCAUAAUAAUGUUGCUAUGUAACGUACAUAAACACAGGACUUUACGGAAUUUUUGCUUCUACACGCCGCUUUGAUACGGUUAUCAAGUGUAGGCUAGUAGGCGUGAAAGAAGAGUGAAGCUAAGAUUGAAAACAUAGCUGAGGAAAUGAAUGCAGGGACAUAAUGGUUUUGAGAAUAGCAUCUGCAUCCAUCAAGUUACAAACUAUAUCCCUCGCGGAUGCUCUCCCACUACCAAUUUCCAAGAUGGUGGAGCCAGCUGACUUUUGAAGGCGAUUAAACAAAAUUAUAUCGAAACAAAUAAGCAUUCAGGCAAAAUUCCUAGGGGUCAUUACGUGGAGAGUUGAAUAAGGAUUGAGUAUAUUCAAAACUUGCAUUAUCAGACUUUUUCAAUAAAUACGUUGAUUGAGAAAAUCUAUCUGCUUCUAUUCCGUAUAUUUAUGAUCUUUCGAAUAAUCCCGUCCCUUUUUUGGAUUCUGAUAUUUUAGCACGCCUUAGCAUUUCAUCAGUAGAUGCCCGCAGCAAUCAUUUUGAAAAUAGUUUUUUAGACUUCGAAAAUAGAUUAUUUGUAUAACUGUAGAUUGUUAUUAUAUUGAAUAGCGCAUGAUUAUGAAAAAAGAAUAAUGUAUUUCUGAAAAGGGUAAGAACCAUUUAGUGGUAUAGGUCGUACCAUCACCGAUCGAAAACGUGAUGCCAACGAAUGGGCCAAGGGCAUCUUGCAGAGCGGAGCUAAGAGAAGAAGGGCCGUGGCCUUCCAUGAGAAUCUGCUUGGGCCUAAAAAUUGGCAUAUUUAGCAUGACUUUAUGCACAACUUUAAUGAUUUUCAAGAUACUUUGUCGACUUUCAUAUUUCAGAGACUGUUACCAAAUUUAUUUUUAUAUUCAUGUUUGUUAUACAAAUAAGAGAGAGAUAUUUACAGAGAACUUAUUGAUAAAAUGUGUUAUUUUAGAUCGAAGAUGAUGGUUCCAUAGACGUUGACGGAGUUCUUGCUGUCCUGCCAGAAGAUAUGAGAGAUUUCGCGGAACCAAUUUUCAGGAAGUGUGCAAAUAUAGGUACUUUCGUCAUGUGCCUUACCUUGUUGAGGCCUAAUAAUCAAAUCGAAAAUUUUUAUUACUCAUGAAACAAGUAAAUCGAAACGCAACUAUCUUAAUUAUUGUUUUAGGUGGUUCUGACCCAUGUGACAUUGUCUAUGUAACAAAUAAGUGCGCCUACGCAGAAAGGCCAGCUGUGAGUACAUUCAGAUAAAAUAUAUAUACAAACAAAAAGUUUCCUCGACGAACGAAUAGGCUGAAAUACAAACAUGUAUGUCCUAUAAGCACAGAAAACUGAAUAAACUGCUAGCUGGAGCCACUCAGAGGACUAGGGCCAAAUUUGCUAUUUUUUGGACACCAAAUUUCAAUUUCCUACAGCCCUUCCAGAUUAAGCGUCAAAACCUAUAAAGCCCGGUACUCUCUAUUAAUUAUGGUUCUUUUAUUCAAUAUAUUCACUUGAAGGAGUGAGAUAUUGUAAUUUUAUUAAUAUACAUACAAGCAGUCACCCAAGAUUUCGUCUUGUAGUAAUACAUUUUUGAAUAUCACUUUUUGUUACAGGACUAUUUCCUUCCAUAGUAUAUGGACGAAGUGAAUAUUUAGAGUACCUCUCGCCAUACAGAACAUCAUUGUAAUAUAAAAACAAUAUACCUCGUUUAUUAAUUUAUUUGUCGUCAUUAUCCUGUGCAUCGUAAUCGGCUACCCUUAUACACAUUUAUACAUCCAGACAAUGCUAAAUCAUAUCACUUCAGACACUUUAGAAUGAAGGAUUAGGUAUUAUACUUUUCAUGUCAGUUGUAAGACGCUACACAAUGCCAACAUGCUUCAAGUUAUAGACUACAGGAAGUGUCUGGCAGUGCUGAAUGUUAGUCAGUAAUAAUGUUCUACAAAGGUAAUAUAAAAAUCAGCCAUCAGAAUUUAAGUGAAA